AGUCCUGCCGGAGCAGAUCUGUUUGACGCCAAAACUUGCUCGUUUGGCGGCGCGCGUCAUCGUUUCGUGCGGCGGGCACGGCGCGUGAGUGUUGGAGAGACGCAGAGAAGGAAGAACACACGUUUUUUUUUCUCUCCCAGCUCCUGGAGAGGAACAACAACACACCACUUAAAGAAGAAAAAAGAUGAUGGCCGGUGGUGGCGAAGCCGCCAUGGACCAUAACGGGAUCUUUUCCACGUCGAACCUGCACAACCUGCAGCAGAGCCACAUGGAGGCUGACAACGCAGACUCCCGCAAGCGGCCGCUGGAAACUCCGGAGGAGGAGGCCGGAUGUACCAAGCGCACCAACACGGGAGAGGAGGGUGAGUACUUCCUGAAGGUGCUGAUCCCCAGCUAUGCAGCCGGCUCUAUAAUUGGCAAAGGCGGCCAGACCAUUGUACAACUACAGAAAGAGACGGGGGCCACCAUUAAGCUGUCCAAAUCCAAAGACUUCUACCCAGGAACAACAGAGCGUGUCUGUCUGAUACAGGGUACUGUCGAAGCCCUCAACGGUGUCCACAACUUCAUUGCUGAGAAAGUCCGUGAGAUGCCCCAGAGUGCCCAGAAGCCAGAACCAGUCAGCAUACUGCAGCCACAGACCACAGUCAACCCUGAUCGUAUCAAACAGGCAAAAUUGAUCGUGCCAAACAGCACAGCAGGGCUGAUUAUUGGCAAGGGAGGCGCCACAGUCAAAGCGGUGAUGGAGCAGUCAGGAGCGUGGGUGCAGCUCUCCCAGAAGCCAGAGGGCAUCAACCUGCAGGAGCGAGUGGUAACAAUCAGUGGUGAGCCUGAACAGAACCGCAAGGCAGUGGAGAUCAUCGUACAAAAAAUCCAGGAGGACCCCCAGAGCAGCAGCUGCCUCAACAUCAGUUACUCCAAUGUCUCGGGCCCAGUCGCCAACUCCAACCCCACCGGAUCCCCCUACGCUAACACCGCCGAGGUGCUGCCUAAUGCAGCUGCAGCAGCUGCAACUGCCUCCAGCCUUCUGGGUCAGGCCGGCUUGACGGGAAUGGGUGCCUUCCCUGCUGCCAUGUCGAGCUUCUCUGGCAAUGACCUGCUGGCCAUCACAUCGGCCCUCAACACACUGGCCAGCUAUGGCUACAACACUAACACCUUGGGCCUGGGCCUUAACCCCGCAGCUGCCUCUGGUGUCCUCGCUGCAGUAGCAGCUAGUGCCAACCCGGCUGCAGCUGCUGCAGCUAACCUCUUAGCCUCCUAUGCUAGCGAUGCCUCCGGCGGCGCUGGCCACCCUGUGACCGGCCUUGGCGGGUUCUCCCUGGGUUCUCUUGCAGCUGCUACAGGGGCUUCCAAUGGGUACCUGAACGCCUCAUCCCCACUGAUGGCCUCCUCCUUAUUAGCAACGGAGAAGCUGGCAGACGGAGCCAAGGACGUGGUGGAAAUUGCUGUACCUGAAAAUCUGGUUGGUGCCAUUUUGGGGAAAGGAGGGAAAACGCUGGUUGAAUACCAGGAGCUAACAGGAGCCCGCAUCCAGAUCUCCAAAAAGGGAGAGUUCAUUCCUGGUACUCGGAACCGUAAAGUUACCAUAACAGGGUCGCCAGCCGCUACGCAAGCAGCGCAGUAUCUGAUCAGCCAGCGGAUCACCUACGAGCAGGGCGUGCGAGCUACCAACCCGCAAAAAGUGGGUUAAAAAUGUAAAAAAAAGGAGGAAGAAAGGAAAGGAUGAGGACAGAGCUAGAGGAGAAUUCUAAAGGGUCAAAAUGAGGAAAAAAAGAGAAAUGUCCAAAUAUUUAAUAUUUCAGAAUCAAAUGAGAGGAUUACAAAGGAGGAGGAGGGGGAGACACCGAAGACAAAGUGUGUGUGAUAUUUGAAUGUUUUGGGACUGAUGUCCUGAUCUUUUUUAAAAGUUUGUGUCCAGUCCUUUUUGAUGAUGGUUAUCAGAGUAAGCUGAACUUGUCCACUGCCAAGGUGCAGAUUCAAGGGUGAGGCCACAUGGUUUCACUUUCCUCUAAAACCUCAUUGAUGAGUUUCUUUACUUAAGUUUUGUUUUGGUUUUUUUUAUAUAUAUUUUUGAUUGGUUUAAUCGUUUUGAUGUAACUUGCAGACCUCAGCUCCCGGUGAGUUGAAUGUCCAGUGAGGUCCCAGCAAACCGACGGGGCCGUUUCACGGGUCUUUGUCUUUGUACGCAAUGUGCAAGGCGUUGGCGAUGGGGUGGGGGUGGGGGGUGGGGGCUCAAAGCAAGCAUGUGAGAUCACCUCACUUUAUGAGAAGCAAAUCAUUUCCUUAAAGAAAUCACACAUUUGUAAAUUUUUUGGGGGGGGAUCUUGAAAAUUGAAGUUUAAAAAUUUGGGUAUUUUAUAUUUUUAUCCAUUAUUUAUUGAUAUGAUCUAAUUCAUUGACAGAUGAUUUGAACCUGUAAAUGCAGGUUAAUCUGAAUGUAAAAAAAUAGCCUAUUGAUAUUUUUUAUUUACAGGGAUCAAAUGUUGUCUCGCAGUGAAAGAAAUGUACAAGAUAAACCCAGUCUGAGCUUCACAGUUGCCGUCUGCAAGGGUCGUUCUGGGGUUCAAUAAUCUACAUGAGAUAAUAGAGGAGACACACAGGAAUGUAUAAAUAUAUUUCACGUGAACACACUUAGUUAAUGCUCCUACAAAUGCACAAACAUAUUUAGUCAUUGUGACAAACACUCCAAAAACAAACAAACCUUUCUUGGUGCUACAGGAUUGGCUAUAAAUCAUCACCAUUAGAAAACCAGAAUCUCCCACUCACUCUUGGUUUAAAUAGGCUGACUUGUCAUCAAGGGUUAGGAAUAAGGGUGUGCGAUACUGCUAUUGUUGCUAUCAACCUGAUAACAUGUAAAUACAGGGAAAGUACAGUGGUAUCUUGGUUUUCCGUUCCAAAAGGUCUGAAGACCAAAUUGCAUCCAUCCAACCAAAAUAAUAACACUAUUUGUACAAACAUAUUUUAGUUUUACAUGCAAAUACUUAUAAAUGAUGAAUGAAAUAGAUAAAUGAAUGAGUGAUGAGUGGAAAGGUAGGAUGUUAGGGGAGCGAGAUUACUUUGCUAUGAGUUCUUUCCUGAAUUCGUUACUUAGUCACCAACACGUUGGAUUCUUUGUUUUGACCAGUUUGUCUGUCAUGAUAUUUAGCUGUGCAUCAACCGAGACGAUAUGCAAAAACCGUGGCCACAUUUUCAUUUAAUCAUACAAAAAUUGGGGCGUAUGAAAACCGAGGCACCACUGUAUAACAAUAUAACAAUGUAACAUUAUGACUAACCCAAUAAAAAACACAUUCAGCUAUCAGUGAAAAUAAACAUAGAAAACUGAAAAAUCAUCACUACCCUUGGUAUUAAUGCCAUAUAUAUUUGGAUCGAUCCACCCACCCCAAAUUAGUAGGCUGGAUCAUAGGUAGAACUAGAUACAAUGUGCCUACAUGGCGGCCAUCUUAGCCUGGGCCGCUUUUCCAACUUGCUUAUUUCUCAACUGAUAUGUGCUAUUAAUACACAACAUUGGAUUAUUUUAAUUACCUAUAAAAAUGUUACUUUUUGUUUCUUUGUUUCGACUUUACGGCGUAUUUUGGAACCGAAUGCAACAUAAUGUCCAGGCAUUCUUGUUGUCUUUCAUUUCCAUGCCAUCUACAGCAAUGUAAUGCCUUGGCACUUUGCCCCUACUAGCUUAAGCUGGCCGCAGGCACGCAACUCAAAGGGGCGUAAAAUACGUAUCUAGUUUUAUCUAUGACCUGGAAGACGUGACAGUCGCUCUUGCAUGAUAAAAUAGGGUUGGUUCUUAAUUUCAAUACAGUUUUAAAGUCUCAAGCCAACCCAUACUCCCUAAAAUUCACUUACAAAGGUUUGCCUUAUUGUCAUAUGCGCACAUCCCAAUUUUACCAUCAAUUUAGAUGUACCUUCUGAGCCGAAAAUAGUCCAUUUCACAAAGAAAAGCUGUACUACCAGUAUCUGUGAGAAAAAAAAAACAUGCCUUCACAUAAGGGUACCAAAUAUUCAAGAGACAUCCUCUAAAGAAAGGGAAUGACACUUGAAAAGAAGUCUUGGUCACAGUUUCUCUGUGAGCCAUCCUUCUGCAUUUGCAUCGAGACAAAAAAGAUUUGUUCAAUUCAUCCGGGCAGCCUUUUAUCCGACCCAAAACAUGCGACUCAUCAUUAACUUUGGGAGGAGCAUACAGAAACCAUCAGAAAUAAUAUCUUGGAAUCACUGUCUUUCAUGGACAAUAGUUGUUCUCGUGGAGGGAGGCAAACUAUUUAGAGCAUUUCCAAGCACUCCAAGAGUACCUUGGCCUCCCUGUGUGCUGCUAUCCAUCGCGUUCAUUUCGAAGACUGCACUGUGAGACAUUAAGAACACAAUGCGAGGUUCGUCUAUUACUUAGUGGGGCGAGAGAAUAUUUUCUUCCAAAUCACACAGAUAGACCAAGACCCGAUCCCCAUAAGCGCAUCUUCCAGUUUCUGGCAUCAGCACUGACACACUAAAUUUUUAAAGGAUGUACUCUAACGAAUGUUUAGUGUGUCAUGUAUUAGAUCAUAGUCAAUACAUCAUAAUUUCAACAGUCCCUGUCAAGCAAAAAAAAAAACUCUGUGAUCGGCUUUUUGAAGACACGGAGCUGUAAGGGUCGGUGCUGAGUGGUAUCCAAGAAAAUCUGAACCAUUUGUGGGUUGUUGUUGUUUUUUUUUCCUUCAAAGUCUUUUGUCGCUGCAGUUUUCAUGAUAGUUCAUAACGUUUUUCAAAGUACAUGGAUUUUUCUGUGUUAACGUUUUAGUCGCGGUGAGCCUCUCUUCCUGUAUGGCUACAAAGUCAUCCAUUACCAAUCUGGCUACUAGUGAAAUCUUUGUCUACUAGAACAUUUGCACUGCCCAAUGUUUUAGCGAAUAAGAAACAAGCACAAAAAGGGGAUGUUUAUCAAUGCAAAUGGACUGCUUGAUUGCAGGGAGCUCUUCUCAAACCUCUCUCAUCGAAACAUAGUGCCAAAUCUCUCUGCACCUCAUUAACUUUCCUCUUACUCCCGCACCUACUUAUUGCCCUUUGUUAUGAUUCUUAGGGUGCGUUCACACUUUGUGCACUGGUCCGGAGCAAAAAAUGCUAAAAAAAAAAAAAAGAAAACUUGGUGUGUACUUUAUUGCGGGUCAGUUCACACCAAACAAUGCUCAGUGAAGCAUAUGCAUAGUCGCGUGUCGACUGUACCCUUUUUGUGACGUGUCUAUUGACACACCCAAAACAAUAUGUUGUCUUCCUGGUUAUACAUGGCUUGUAGGGCUUGUGUUUCUGUGGUAAAAUCUUUACCAAUAUAGAUUACACUGGACUCCGUUUAUGUCCGUCUAACACCUAAAUUAUAUAUGCAGUCUCUACACCGACCCCUCCAAUGCGUCCUAAUCUUUCUAUAGCUCUUCUUCUGGAUUGACAGUGUGACGUGCAGUUAUCUGACGGAACACUAGGGAGACAAUGUUUUCCUCCGAAUGACCAACCGUAACUCUCGUUUACUAAACUGUUCAGUUUGUCUUAGAAUUGUCUUUCCAGGAUUUAGUCGAUUGACUAAUCAAAUCCCUGUCCACCGCUUGAACCGAUGUCAACAUACACAUAUGAUAGGGUCGUUUUUGUUGACGUGAAAUUCGAAACCUAAAGGGGCCUUUUUCAUGUAAAAAUUGGUAAUUCCAUUCCUAUCAUUUGCUGUUUUAUUGCAAAAGAAUAUUUGUGGAAAUUUUUUGGUCAUUUUUCUAAACCUUUUCUUGGGUUUUACGAACCAUUGCCUGGUUUCAGUUGCAAUUAGUCGUAUCUUAUCUUAUCUGAUCUGAUUGUGCAGUCCGGUCCAGGGUUUGGUAGAUUGUGUUCACGCGCAACCAAACACAUCGUAUUAACAAAGUUAAUCCUAACCCAACCAAGUGUGAACGCACCUUUAGGUGUCACCUGUGCUUUUACCUCCUGUGCAGUACACUGUGCUCUCUCUCCCCUUCUUUCUCCUGUCUUGUCUUCUGCCGGGUGGUGUCGGGCGUGCUGCGGGGUGGCAGUUAUGACCCCUGUCGUAAGGGUAUGAAAAUAUUUAGCAAGGCUAAAAAUGCACAGUAAAAAUAAAACCUGCCUCCAAAACUGUGACACCCGCUCUGAGACCAACCAGCAACAAUUCCCUUAAAGUGUCCCAUUUAGUCAAUGACGAGAACAAGUCUUAUUUUAAAGGGUUUGGACCACAAGCUGUGGUCCUCUAAGAGAAGAGGUAUUGUUGUUUUUCAAAUGUCCGCCGAUAUUCAUAAUCGAACUGAACAAACAAAGCUCAGCCUCUAGACAAAGCGAGCAUAAGUUAAAAGUACGUCGGGAACUCGUUUGUAACCUCAAGCUGAAACAAUGACAUCUUUUAUGCAUAUCCUCUUAUCUGAAAAUGACUCCAAUUCAUUUCUGUGGAAUAGGAAUAUGUCACGUCAUAUGAUCUAUAUGUACUUUAUUGUAGCUAUUCUAGUUUGUAGUCUAAAUGCAGUCCGGCGUUGUCGAUACAAUGUGAACUAUGUUAUACUUGUGUGGAUGAUGAGAGUGCCAACUAAGCCUGAUUAAGAUUAGCUUUGCAAUUUGUUUGUGCAUUCUGAUGACUCAUCAAACGGUGGCGUCCACGUUUCUGUCACUGAUGAUUUAGUUUGACCGUAAGAAAACGUAAAGAAUAUUGAAAGCAAUAUAGUAGCAUGUUGUCCUGUUUUGUGUUUUAUGUCUGUUGUACGAACUUUUGAAGUUACUUCAAUUUUGAAUGAAUAGGUUUACAUGUACUUUUUUGUAAGUUAUAAAGAUGCUGCUAUUUGAUAAGUAAACUAUACAAAGUAUUUUAGUUGAAAAGAUGUCUGGUCGGUUGAUUAGAAACACGGGCAUACAAAGAGGUGUAUAGAAUACUACAGUAUUGGUAAGGUAGUACAAGUAGUACUAGACUUCAUAGUACACCCUGUGCCAAACUAGACCUCUGCAGCUUCUGAAAUUGUAGAUGUGCGAUCAAUUGUUAGAUAUCAAUAACUUGUUUAGAAGUGCUGAUCAAGUGCCAACCAAACACUGUCUUUUAAGUUUAAAAAAAAAAGAAGAUAAUCAUGAAGAAAACAAAGGAGAAAAAACUGUCUGUGCAUUGUUUUAUCCCAUAGGUACAUAGAAUAUAAGUAAAAGAUUGUGAUUUUUAUGUUGUUUUACAUGCCAUGCAUCCCUUGUGUGUUUGACCUGUGGCUUAAGUACUGCUGUUUUCUCACAAAUGUCUCUAUAGGCCAGCAUGGACUAAGCAUAACAUGUUAUACGCAUUCAUAACAUAGUCAUUAACAAUCAAAAAUGUGUUUGUGGAGUUAGGUGUUAUCUUUUUGCACGUCUUCUAAUGCAUGGUAUCAAAAAGAAAACCUUUGGAGGAGGGGGAGGAAAAAAAAAAAAGAACAAAAAUUUUGCGAGGCGACUCCAGACAUUCAAAGACAUAACACUGCAUGCGGUCAAAUGUAAAGCGCUUACGUUUACUCGCCUCAUGUUUAUCCAGUUGUGUUUUAAUGUUGUUAGUUGGAAGGGAGUUUAUUAUUGUCAUGUUGGCCCAAAAACGGCACUAACACAGCACUCAUCUCAGAAAAGACGUUUUGGUUUAUGGGCCUUAGGGGUGUCACGGUACGUCGUAGUCACGGUUUGGUAUGCACCUUGAGUUUUAAGGUUGUUCUGGGAACAAAAUGCAAAACUGCUUAGCUUUUGUGGAGAUGGCUUGAAUUAUUUUAUUUUUUUUAGUAAAACUGCAAACUGCUGGCAGGUAAUUCUCUAAUAAAAAACAUUUUCAAAUAUAUAGCAUACAGAAAGAUUAAAAAGGGGUGGACACUUUGAUUAGAGAUGAUUAAACCAAUCCAAAGUAUGUCAAUGGAUGCUAAGCUAUCUGAACAAAACAACAACAUCUUAACUGUGUGUUAUUAGUGACAAAGCAAGCCACUGGCAUAUAUAUUAAUUUAUCUCGUUAAUAUUUUUUACAAGAUGCCAAAAGCCUCCUGUCCAACAGUAAAAGUAUAAACACUGUGAAUUACCGUUUUAUUUUUAGUUAGGUCCCCUUUGCCCAGUUCCUGAUCUGGCACAUUGCUUUUUUUUGUCGUAUCCACUUGCAGUUUACGUUUUUCACUUGGAAGGCCAUCUGGUUUUCAAGCUCUGGCUUCUUCUUGGCACUAUCGCUAGCCAAGGGCUGGACCACCAGUGUAUUUGUUUACCAAGUAGACGCGAUAAACACUUCCUGUCCCUCACUUUAUGUGUGCCGUGUGGGGAAAUCGGUGCGCCUUUGUACCGAACUGAUUACCAGUACCGUUACACCCCUAGUAGGUACAGCAAGAACUUUGAACAAAAAAAAAAUUUGAAAUGAGCAAACGUGAAUAUGUAAUUCAAUUAAAUUGUCUUCUUGUUUUGUCUUGUUUCUGUUUUGUUUGGGUUUUAUUAAGGAUAUCAGACAUACGAGGAUACUAGACAUUUAUUUAACAACCAGGUUGAACCUCAUGUAACCUGUCCCAAGAUGUGAUUCAUUUUCUUUUAUGUCACAGCUUGAAAGCCUAGAUCUAAUCUAUGAAUGUACACAUUACUGUUUGAAUCCGUCUUUAAUGUCAAAUCAGGGCAGGAAUGUCACAAACAUGUAGAGUUAAUAUCUAUGUCAAUAACAGAUUUCAGCUAUAGUCAGGUAGGCCUCGCACGGCCAUUAUCAUGAACCAGACAUGUUUUACCCAAUUUCCAAUUCACUGUCACCAUUAUCUUGUUUGUUUGGUGUUGCAUAACUGCACUUUACUGAUAAUUGGGUCAUAGUAGGUGUGAGAUGAAGCAAACCAUGUUUUGAAAUUUUCUUAUGUUCGGAUGUCAUUCUUUUUUUUUUUUGUCGUAUUUAUUUAUUUUCCCUAAUCCUGUUGGGCGAAUAACGGAAAGGGCUGGAGUCUCAGACAAAAUGGAGAAGUAGCGCCUGCGUCUUCUCUCAAAUUGUGUUCUCCUUCACAUUCCCUUCAGCAGAAGUUUGUGUCUAUCACGGAGUGCUUUGUUUCUAACAAGGAAUACUUUGCUUUUCUAAUCUAUAACUGUUUAUGUGUUUUGCAAAUCGGAAAGUGUGCAUCAUUACCGUAGAUAUUUUCUCUGUGGGGGGCUGACGCCACUGAGGGAUGCAUUCUGAUCCAACAGUCUGGUCUGAGAGGCUUCAUCGGCACCAGCAAAAAGCACGAUUCUCCCUGAAAAUAGCAGAGGAAAAUGAGAUGUCGUGAAUAAUAUUAAUGUCUCUUAGGCUACCAGCCCCCCACCGCCCUGCCUCGUCAUUGCAUUUACUUAUCCAUGAUACGAACGCCAAGUGGAUUACUGUUAGCAUUCCAAAAGAAGAUUCUGUCCACACAUGUUCUGGACAUUCAUUGGCUGCCUCAAGAAGGCUCGGACUGGCAAACGCGACACUCUUAAAACCUCCUAUGGAAUCACAGCCUACGUGACACCGCCGUUCAGUCUUUUAGUCCGGUGAAAACCGUGUUCACCCUUUAAACGGAUCCAAGUAUUUCAGAGAGCAUCCAUCCGAGAAAAGAUGAUACUUUUUUGUGUAUUUUUGUUGUCUUUGACCCUCACAUGAACCUGUUGACUUCUACAUCCUCAAGAACUCAUGUAUACGUUGGAUUUGCUACGCCACUUUUUUUGUUUUUACUUUGUCAAACUGCAAGGAAUGUCAUUUGUUUUCUAGAGAAGGGUCGAGUGCCUUGCAAGAUGUUUUUAACAUUGUACAGCGGAACCCGUUUUUGUCGACAGCUGGUUUAUGUCAACCGACUCAGAUUACUAAAAGGUGCCCAACAUACAUACAUUUUGUCAACAAUAAAUUUGACAAGUGUUGUAGUAUUGUUAAUGUCAUCAUUAUCGCGGCAAAAAAACUGCGACAUAGCCACUUUCGAUUUACACCACAUUAAAACGUGCACACAGUGACUUCCUGUUUAAUGCAAAGUAAGCUCCAUAAUAAAAGCAUGAGAGUAUUAACCAACAAAAUUCACCCAUUGUUAUUUUGAGUUUUCUUUAGUCAUUCUGGUCAGGAAAGUAAAAUAUUGCGGAUGUGAAUCUUAAAACAACUCAAAACUCAAUUUGAUUCUCAGUUUAACAAGAUGCUAGCAACAUACUACUUGGUGUUUUUUAUGUAAAAUCUUUUUAAAACAGGUUACAGGUUACAAAAGCUCCUCUUGGCUGCUGAAGAAUACGCGCGGGGAGAGGGCUGGAAAAAAUCGAAUUGUAAUUAGGGAUGGAACAACGAACGGUAUUAAUGCUAACCACAUUAAAACCUCUGACAGUUAGUAUUACCGUUUGAAUUAAAAUUAUGAAAAAAAACGUAAUUCAUAGCCGCACUUGGUCAAACUCAUGGACCGACUAGUGCUACCAUGAAUUGAUUAACGUGGACCCCGACUUAAACAAGUUGAAAAACUUAUUCGGGUGUUACCAUUUAGUGGUCAAUUGUACGGAAUAUGUACUGUAUUGUACAAUCUAUUAAUAAAAGUUUCAAUCAAUCAAUCAAUCAAAAGCUAGCUUAAAUGCUAACAUGAAUACAAGCCAUAUUAAUAUAUUUCCACACUAAAGGGGGUCAUAUUAUGAUUUUUUAUUUCUACAUUUAAAACACUUCCUUGUGCUCUACUGUCUACAUAACAUGUAAUGGUGGUUCUUUGGUCAAAAUUUUGCAAAGAUGAUGUUUUACAUACCGCAAUCAAGCCGCUUUCUGACCGUCUCCUUAGGAUGCACCGUUUUGUGGGCGGUUUUAUUUACGUGCCUCCACUUCGACUGCGUCUUCUCCCCGUCAACCACGUUGUACUUUUUAGCACUUCCAUAUUGAGUCUACUGGCAGAUAUAAGUUUAAACUACUUUAUAUUAGAAAUGGCAACAGCAGAGGAUGCAUGUGCACGUACGAGCCAGUCUGCUGCGCAACAAGAGGAUAGAGAAAAAGAAGGCGCUUAUUGACUUCAACAUCACUACAAUAGCUGACUCGCGUAAAGCUCUAGGGGUAAAUCUCUACUGUAUAUGAAGAUAUCCGCUGACAUCACCAAUUGGAAAAACAUUACAAAUUGGGCAAAAUUCCAAAUGGCUCGUUUGGAGGAAGUAGGCAAGAUUGUUUUAUAAAUGUCUUCGCCAUGGUUUGAUUUCAAAUUUGCAGGACUUAUGCAGAUCCCAAAUUCACAAAAACUGGUACUAAUACGUAAGAAAAGUUAGUUUUGCAUAAUAGGUCCCUUUUAAGAAACGACAUUCCAUAAGCUCAACCUAUAUAAACACAUUACUGUCUGAGCAACUAAGUUAUUCAAUUGUGUGUGAUCGAUUUCUACUCAGAGGACAACAAUUAUUAUAUAUUUUUUUUGUAAUAAAACUUGGUUAAAAUAUUUCAGUGUGUAUAUAAAUACACUAUGAGCGAAUUCAACAAUAUCAACAGUUCCGUGAUAAUAAUGAUACCCGUGAUCAUUUUGGUCACAAUAACCAUGAUAUAAAAUUUUCAUAUCGUUCCAUUCCUAAUCGUAAUAAAUAGGAAUUGCGGAUGUGAAUCCAUUUUUCCAGCUCCCCUAUAAAACUAGUGCUCUCAAAUGAUAGAUUUAUUAGAUUAAUCAAACUUUUUAGCUGAUAUUAAUCAUGUCUAAAUCACAGUUGAUUAUUGGUUUUUAUAUUCAAAAUAAAGAAGAAAAAAAAGACCCCAAUAUUUUGACACAAAUGCAAUUUUAUUGUCAGAAUGUCAUGCUAUUUUUUUAAAUGUUUUACUUGAAUAUACUCAUUUUUUUGUUCAAAACUUGGUAGCAUGAAGUGCAUAUUUUGAGCAACUGCAUCAAUAUUGCAAAUACCAAGGUGCUAAUGUACUAAACACAACCAUAUAAAUAAUUAAUCUGCAUUUAUACAUUGUUAAUAUGAUGAUUUGUAACAAUUAAUCUCAUGUGUUAAGUUUGGCAGCCCUAAUGAAAAGAUAAGAAUCUAAAUAUAUAUGCACAAAUGGAGCAAACCCCAUUUAAAAUGGUUUAUUAUCGCCCAUUCUCUAGAAAAAAAAAUCUCACGUAAAUGUGCAAGCAAUGGCUUGUUUUGGUUAUGUCGACGGCUGUUUACGUCGGCGUGAGUAAGGGUGUCGACUUGAACGGGUUCCAUUGUACCUUCUUUUCUUUACUUUUUUACAUCCCAUUGUUUACAUCUUGGAGAAAAAAAAUGGACUGACAGCAUACGUGCUAAUAAUUACUGCGUUUGAAACCAAGCAAUGUUUUGUUGAUUGGUGGAUUUCUCCUGCAUGCGACGGGAAUCUGAGAGCAUUCAAAGUGUCAACAACGCGAAGGGCUUCUGAUGGCAGAAUGUACGGUACAUAUCAUCUCGAAUGGAGAGUCGCAUCAUAUUCACAAAUGUAAGGAUGAUGCCUUGUAGUGCCAUGGUAGAAAACGUGUGAACGGGUUUUAUGGCGUUUAGUUUUUUUGUCAAAACGAGUGCCAAAUAAUUCUAUACUGAGCCAAAUGUUACUUUACCGAAACGGUGAAUUAAUCCAUUCCUCUCGACAAACAUUCGCCUAAUUUGAAGUCAUAAGUCACUGUUAUGCUGCCAGUCUGUUUUCUUGUCAAAGAAGCAGUAUAUUUUAUAGAUGCUGAACUGUUGAAGAUAAGACAGUUGCUAAGCUGGGAGACAGGGAGGAUUUAAAAAAAAAAACUGUCAUUGUUUUAUUAUUAUAUUAUUUGAACGUUAUUCAUGAAUAGAUUUACUGGUAAUUACUAUUUAAUGUAACUGUAGUACUGUGUUUGUAAAAGAAAUUCAGUGAGUUGUGUUUUAUGACUCGUGGACUACCAGUGAAGUCAGCAUUUCAGUGUUAAUAAUAAUUGAAUUGUUUUUUAAAGAUUAUUUUUGCGACGGCAACAGAGUCAUUAUAAAUGUUCAUUUUAACAUCA